AUGGGUGGUGUGAUUAGAUUAGAUGAGCAGAAAGAAAUCUUGGCCUUGCAGGCCGAACAAGGCCCCUCCCUGUCCAGUCCAAACGGCGAUUUCUCCAUCCUUGCUGGUGGCGAAUCAACGCCUGUCGUCCGAGUCGGAGCUGCGGCGGAAUCAGAGGAGAUCGGCUGCGCUGGCAGGGAUCAGGAACCAUCGAAGCGACGCCCAAGCGGCCCAACGGUCCAGAGGAGACACAUGUUCAAGACCACCGGGCAAGUCAGAGCUCCCGAAAAGUGGAAACUUGACGGCGAGUGCGGUCCAUAG